CGCUGAGCGGGAGAGCGGCUCUGCUGCUGCCGUUUGAGCGGAGCGGCGCUGCAGAGUGGGCUCCCUCGCUGAGGGCUAUCGGCUCGGUCUGCGGAGGACAGCGGCUCGGUUACUCCUCCAUCACUCUUUUCGGUUCAUAUGCAGUUUGAGUCCCGGUAAAGAUGAAGACUAAAGCCUCCAAGCACGACUUCAGUCCCGGAGACAUCGUGUUCGCGAAGAUGAAGGGAUACCCGUUCUGGCCCGCCCGGAUCGCGGAGGGAAAAGCUCCGAGAGACAAGAUCCCCAUCUUCUUCUAUGGGACGCACCAGACAACGACGUUGAUCCCCAAAGACAUCGCCCACUACUGGCCCAACAAGGACAAGUACGGCAAAGACAUCAGGCGAGGGGGCUUCGAUAAGGCCAUGUGGGAGAUCGAGAACGACCCAGGGGUCGGCCUCAAAGGUCAAAAGAAAGCGGCUCUGGUGAAGAAGCUCCAGGAGAGCCGGCCGGCGCCGAAAAAACCAAAACCGACAGAAGAAACCAAAACGCCAAAGAAGAGCGACGUGACGUCUCCAAAAGCCUCCACACCAGCUCCACCUAAACCCCCCACGCCCAGUAAGAAAGACACGCCGGUGAGAAGGAGCGCAUCUCCCAAGAAGAAGGUGCCGUCUGACGCUUCGGCCAGGAGAAGACCGCCUGCGGGAGCCGCCGUCGAAGCUAAAACUGUUAAAACCUCCAGAAAAGCGAACGUUUCUGCAGCUCGUUCGUCCAAGAAGGUGAGCACUGCCAAAAAAGUUAUCCUGGCCAAGAAGGCCAUCCUCGCGAGGAAGGUCAGCGCGGCCAAGAGGAGCACUACCAAGGACAGGAUCCUUUCGGAUGCAAAGAAGGUGAAAGCUGGAAGAAACAAGACUCUGGGAAAUAAGCUGAAAGUGAAACUUCCGCUUUUUACAGCGAAGAAGUCCGUAAAAGUUCUGAAGCCCAGAGACUUUGCUGCAGACCGACCGGUUGAUGAGGCUCCGACGAAAGCAGCCAGUCAGAGACGGAAGUUGGACGAAGCAUCGGAUCUGAAGGAAAACGUUCCAGCUCCCAGGGUUGCUUCUUUGGACCCAGCAGCCUCGAAGAAAACUCAAGAAGAGAAGACUGGAGGAACGAGGAAGAGAAGAGGAGAAAAGAGAGAGGCAGAUGAAGGAGGACGGACGGAAGUGCUUGUGUCCAAACCACAAGCGAGGGAAAAAUCUACCUCUUCACAAGUAGAAAAGAAUGAGGGAAAUAAGAGGGGAAGAGAAGAAAGAGGAGAAGGAGGUGAGGGCAAGCGGCUGAGGAGCAUCCCAGAGAGAAGUGCGAGGGAGAAGAGAAAGAGGGAAGCAGAGGAAAAGGAAAAAGAUGGACAGAAGGAAGAAGAGGAGGAGAAAAAGAGGGAAGCAGAUGAAAAGAAAGAGGUAGAGAAGAGGAUGCUGGAGGAGGAGCGGAAAAGCAAAGCGCGAAAGAAGGCGGAAGACGAGAAGAAGAGGGAAGCGGAGGAAAAGGAAAAGAAGGCGAUGGAGAAGAUGGCGCUGGAGGAGGAGCGGAGAAAGAAAGAGCAGCAGAAGAAAGAAGAGGAGAAAAAGAGGGAAGCAGAGGAACAAGAAAAGAAAGCGGUGCAAAGAAAGAAGAUACAGGAGGAGGAGCAGAAAAAGAAAGAGCUACAGAAGAAAGAAAAGGUGCAGAAAGCUAAGGAACAGGUGGAUGAAGUGAAGGAGGCAGAAGACCAGAGGCCGAAGAGGAAAGCAGCGAAGGGGACGGAGAAAGAAGAGGAACAGAGGAAGAAGAGGAGAGAAGAAACAACCGUGCAGAAAAAGAAGGAAGAGGCAGACAGACUGGAGGGAAAGGGACAGAAGAGGAAAGAGCAGGAGAAAGAAGAGAGAGAGAGAAAGAAAGAAGAGGAGGCUACACUUAAGGAAAAGAGACCGGCGAGGAAAGGCGAGAAAGAGAAGGAGAGGGAAGAGCCAGCGGGAGAGAGAGAGGCAGAAGACCAGAGGAAAGAGCAGAGGAGUAAGGUCUUGGCUGAGCGGAGGCUGAGUGUGCUGAAAUCUCUGCAGGGAUUGGUCACCUCCACCAGAGGAAAGCGGGAGAUGCAGAAAAACGACAAAAGUCCGGAUGAAACCACGGAUAAAUCCACGGUGAAGAGCAGGACGGGGAACGAGGAGUCCAAACCCGCCACUCCAAAACGCCCUGAGCGGAUCCGCUCAGCAAAGGACGACAGCAGAGCGCCGGUUAAAGCGGGAGAGGAGGGCACAGGAGAGACGAGCGGGAAGACGGCCGCGGAGCGGAGCGAAGAGACGCCGAGGGAGGCGAGCAGGACGGCCGAGCUGAGCAAGAAAAAGAGUGAGGAGGACAGAGUGGACAUUCGGAGAGAUCCUGCUCUGUCAGUCACUGACUCUCUGCUUUACAGACUGCACGGUGACAUUAGGAUCUCCAUGACCCUCGAUAAUCCUGAUGUGAGUAAGUGUUUGCUGGCGCUGGAUGAGUUGAGCACAGUGUCUGUCUCCUCUCGUCACAUACAGAACCACAGUGAACUCAUCGACACGCUCAGAAAGAUGCGCUGGUUCCGAGGCAGUGAAGCCAUCAUGUUUAAGGCCUCUAUGCUGUAUUACCGCUUCAAAAACAUCUACCUCAUCGGAGACUCUGAGGAAACACUCAGUCAGGAGUACAUUAACACGCUGCAGGAGGACAAGGAGAGGGAGGAGAGGGAGAGAGCCGAGGAGGAAACCUCGUCACCUGCCCCUCAGCCUCCUGCAGGUUCUGCAGCUGAGGGGGCCGAUGCCGAGACCCUGUCCACCCGAGCACAACGCAGCAAGCUGAUACAGCACAGCUCAGAAAUCCAGUCGAGACACUUCCUGAAUCUGUAGAGCCGCCCUUUCCAUUCCAUCUCAUCAUGAGAUCAUACGACACUCAUAUCCGGAGUUAUGAGCCUAUGAAGAGGGGCUGAGAUGCACGUCAUCUACCUCUCACCGUGUGGAGCUGCUGGAUUCGUGUGUCCGUCUACAUUCUGUGUGAAACUGACCGA